AUGGACGCGUGGGCCAUAUUCUUCUUGUGUGGUUUUAUUCCUUUCCAUGCAGCACUAGCAGACCAUACCAUUACAUCACCACAAGAAACCUUGGAGCAAAAACAUAUAGCGUUGGAUUGCGGUGUAGGAGAAGGGUUUCGAAAGUAUUCGUCUUUGAAACUACCAGACACACGACUACUAUCGUGGGUUGAUAGGAACAUGACCUUAAAGCAAUGUGCCACCAAAUGUAGAAAGGAGUGUAAUUGUACAGCUUAUACGACGUUGGAAAUCAAAUAUGGUACGGGAUGUUUGUUAUGGUAUGAUGCAUUGGUCGAUAUGAGAACAUUCCCUAAUGACGGACAAGAUAUAUACAUAAGGAUGGCUGCUCUUGAAAUAGAAAUAGAUCAUCAAAGGAUCUACAAUAGCAAGAAAAAAGUGACCUUUAUCAUCAUCUUCGUCAUCAUUGUGUUCAUUCUCGGAUUAGCCAUUUCAUUAGGACAGCGUUUAAAGGCAAAAGGCAAGCUUAUUCCACUCGGACAAAAUAAUGUGCUAAACCUACCGUUGUUUGAUUUGCCGAUGUUGUCAAGGGCAACCAACAACUUCUCAGACAACAACAAGAUAGGGGAGGGUGGUUUUGGGCCAGUUUACAAGGGACUUCUUGAGGAUGGAAGAGAGGUUGUAGUGAAACGGCUUUCCAAGAGAUCAACACAAGGAGUUGAAGAGUUCAAGAAUGAGGUGAUCUUCACUUCUAAGCUGCCACAUCGGAAUCUCGUCAAAGUUCUUGGAUACAGUACCCAAGGGGAAGAAAAGUUGUUGGUUUAUGAAUGGAUGCCUAACAAAGCGCUUGACUUGUUUCUAUUUCGUCAAACUGAGAAAAAAAUACUCAAUUGGUCACAACGAUUUCAUAUCAUCAAUGGGGUUUCUCGAGGUCUUCUAUAUCUUCAUCAAGAUUCCAUACUACGGAUCAUCCACCGAGAUCUCAAACCUGCCAACAUCUUACUUGAUCGUGACAUGAACCCAAAAAUAUCAGAUUUCGACAUUGCAAGAAGCUUUGGAGGAAAUGAGACUCAGAUAAACACAAAAAGAGUGGUUGGGACAUAUGGAUACAUGUCACCCGAGUAUGCAAGGAACGGAAUCUUCUCUGUAAAAUCAGACGUAUUUAGUUACGGUGUCUUAGUUUUGGAGAUUGUGAGUGGGAAAAAGAAUAAACAAUUCUUUUUUCAUGAUCAUAGUCACAACCUUCUUGGACAUGCAUGGAUACUUUAUAAGGAAGGAAAGAGUUUGGAACUUGUUGAUGAGUCAUUGAUUGAGUCAAUCUUUACACAUGAAGUGUUGCGGUACCAUGUGGCGUUGCUAUGUGUUCAAAAAAGCCUAGAACAUAGACCGGACAUGUCUACAGUGGUUAUGAUGCUGAGCAGUGAGUGUUGUUUGCCGGAACCAAGACAACCUGGAUUUUUUACAGAAGAUGACAAGUUUGGGCCCGAGAGUUCACCAAGCAUUCAAACACAAAUUUCUAACAACAAUGUCACUAUCACAAACCCAGAUCCUAGAUAG